GAACAUUUGCUUGAGCUCAGGUGACCCUCCGAUGCCGACCGCAAUCGACGGAGCGGUUUUCGGGCCGCAAGUGCCGGGCCCACAAAGACCGAAUAAUGGCACUGAGCUUGCUGAUCUCAAUCAAUGCCCUCUCAAUGCCUGUUGCGAUAUCUGGGGCCAGUACUGCACCGAUACCAGAAAGGAUGGGGCCGCCUCUGGCACAGCGGCACCAGACACGAAUGGGUGCAUUUCAAAUUGCGGAACCAAGAUCAUCAAUAGCGAGAGUCCAGGAAAGUUCUCGAGGGUUGCAUACUUUGAGGCGUGGAACUAUGAACAGGAAUGCCUGCAUAUGAGCCCCGACCAAUCGACACCAACACCUACAAUCACAUCCACUUCGCCUUUGGCAGCAUCACGGAGCAGUUUGAUGUCGAAAUCAACGAUAAUAUUGGCUUCCAGUUUGAGAUCAUGGUACGAAUGACUGGC